AUGAUCGUCCCAGAGCUCCUACCUGGCCAGGCCGGCCUGCCGGUCAAGAACCCGACAAGCUCGUACUGGCACAAGGAGCCGUCCGAGAAGCUCCUCGGCCACCGUACCACGCCCGACCUGCCCCACUCGGCCGAUGUUGUCAUUGUGGGGAGUGGCAUCACGGGCGCCAUCGCCGCGCACACGCUCAAGGAGCGCAGGCCGGACCUCAAUGUCGUCAUGCUGGAGGCGAGGGAGGCCUGCUGGGGUGCUACUGGCCGUAAUGGAGGUCACUGCCAGCCGGCCAUGUACGCUGCAGCACCACACAUUGCCUCUUUUGAGCUUCGAAACUACACGUAUCUGAAGUCACUGGUCGAGGAAUAUUCCAUUCCCUGCGACUGGCACUCCACUAGCGGCGUGCAUGCCUUCUAUUCGGAAUCUCUCUUCAACCUCGCCAAGGAUGUCAUCAAGAACCUCAGCGAGAAGUACCCAGACCUUGCCGCCAACGUAGCCAUUGUCACCAAGGGCGAGAACGGCGGGCCUUCGUAUCUGCUGGAGGGCGAGCGCAAGGAGUUGUCUCUCGAGGGUCUACGAAUUCCUACCGCUGAGGGCGCCGUUGUCCAAUGGAACGCCGCAAGUCUCUGGCCCUACAAGCUCGUGGCCUUCGUGCUCGAGCGCCUACUGGCAACAGAAGCCGGCGGCUUCAACCUGCAGACCAACACGCCUGUGGUGGGACUGCAGAAGGUUGACCCGCCUGCCAACCUGAUGAGCCCAACGGCCGGGAGCAACGCAUCAGACAGGAAGAGCGGAUCGCAUCCGACAUGGAUCGUUCACACACCGCGCGGCCACAUCACCGCACGGGCGGUGCUGCUCGCCACCAACGCAUACACCUCACACCUGCUGCCGCAGUUCACCGACCUGAUCGUGCCAACGCGCGGGCAGGUCGCCGCCCUGAAGCCGCCGCACGAGCCCUCGCAGCCCGGCGAGCCGCCGCUAGACAUUGGCCACACCUUCUACUUCGCCGGAGACAGCGACAGCCCCGGCAACCCCGUAGGCCGCACUGACUACCUGGUCCAGCGGCCUCCGCCGGCUGCGGAGCUGGUCUUCGGCGGCGGCCGCCAACUGGCCCGCGACUACGCCGUUGGCGUCUGGGACGACGGCGCCAUCGACGAGCCCGUCAAGUGGUGGCUCCGUGGCGAGCUGAGCGGCAGCAUGGACCUCAGCCUGCGUGAGGCGCUGACGUCGCCGGUCAAGGACCAGGCCGAGGCCGCCGCGGCGCACCGCGGCAAGACGGCCUUCGAGGCGCAGCUCGACGCCAAGCAGGACCUGGUGCCCACGCACGAGUGGUCCGGCAUCAUGGGUUACUCGCGCGACGCCAGCCCCUGGGUCGGCCCCGUGCCGCCCGGCCUGGGCGGCGGCGACGGCCUCUGGAUCUGCGCCGGCUACACGGGCCACGGCAUGCCGAACGCGGCGCUGUCGGCCAAGGCCGUCGCCGAGCUCAUGACGGGCGCCGACGAGGUCGACCUGCCCGAGGAGUACGAGAUCAGCGAGGAGCGCGCCGAGCGCGCGGCCCUCCGCGACUCGGUGCUCGCGGCCGAGGCCAAGGGCGGUUUGCUCUUCAACCUGACGACCCUGGUGUGA